GGCUGUCCCUGUUCACUGUGGGAGAGUCCUACGGGCAUUUAAAGAUUCCUUCCAACUCAAAUAACUCUAUGGUGCUACGAUUCUACGUUCCAGAGUUGCAUAGCUGCAACCAGAGACAAGAGCCCUCAGCAUUCCCAGGUAGCAGCUCUGGGCAGAAGGGCGAGGAAAGCGCCCACCUGUCUGAGAAAUGCCCCCCAGGUUUAGGGAGCCUAUGAACGCUGCAGAGGAGACAACAUGUGGGCACUGCAGGCGUGAAGCCAUUUGAAUGCAUCGUGCAGAGGGGGCUUGGUGCCUUCUGUAGGGCUGCUACAUGCAGGGCUGCAGUGAGAACGGUGAGAUAAGGGCUGCUGUGUCCUGAGCAGCCUGUUAAGCUGGUCACUGUCUUUCCAUGGAAGACCACGCCUUGUGCACACUGACCACCCCAUGGACAAACCCCCCUGGCGAGGACCCCCGCCCGCCCCAGCCAGUGACCCCACGGCGUGGGGUGGGGAGGAGCUGCCAGCAGUGGAUAAAAACCCCCGGGGUCUGCAGCUCAGCUCCAAGCUCUGAGUGCUCCCACAGCCGCACGCCAACCCCACUGCCACCAUGGUGCAUUGGUCCGCCGAGGAGAAGCAGCUCAUCACCAGCAUCUGGGGCAAAGUCAACGUGGAGGAAUGUGGUGCCGAAGCCCUGGCCAGGCUGCUGAUCGUCUACCCCUGGACCCAGAGGUUCUUUGAUAACUUCGGGAACCUCUCCAGCCCCACUGCCAUCAUUGGCAACCCUAAGGUCCGUGCUCAUGGUAAGAAAGUGCUGAGCUCCUUUGGGGAAGCCGUGAAGAACCUGGACAACAUCAAGAACACCUACGCCAAGCUGUCGGAGCUGCACUGCGAGAAGCUGCACGUGGACCCCGAGAACUUCAGGCUCCUGGGGAACAUCCUCAUCAUCGUGCUGGCCGCUCACUUCACCAAGGACUUCACCCCCACCUGCCAGGCUGUCUGGCAGAAGCUGGUCGGCGUGGUGGCCCAUGCCCUGGCCUACAAGUACCACUGAGCUCCCAGAGCAGGACACAGCUGUGAAAGUCAAUAAAAAAGCACGUUGUCUGAUCUGCUUGGCGUGCUCCUGUUGUGGGGAGGGUGGGAGCAAAGGGCACCAGAGGGGAAAGAGGGCUCAGGGCUCUGGGGAGCGUCAUGGUCUAAAAAGACAGUCAGGUUUGCCAAGGGGGGGGACAUCUGGGGACAUGUGGGGACAGAGGCCUCUCAUCCAGCACUUGGCAAGUCCCAGCCCACCAAGCAGUGCUUUCAGUCUGCAGAAAUCACCAGGGAAUAUUUCUGACCUCUUCUGCACAGAAGGCAGAGCUGUGGGGCCGGACGCUUCUCAGCCUGCAGUGUGUGCAAGGGUAGAGAUUUGGAGAGAUUCCCUCAAGGCAGCUUAGACUGAAAAAUGUAUCCUCAAGGUGAUAAAAAGCGUUUUCUGUAUCAGAUGAAAAUGCUCUUUCCAGGAGCCUUGGGCAUUCUGAGCAGAAGACGCU